AUGAUUUCACCACACAAUAAGCUCCUGCUACUUCUCACACCCUAUAAUCCCAUUUUCUGGGCGCAACUCUUUCUUCCUCCAUCAUUCAUUCCCAUUACCCCCACCCUAAUUUCAAAACCUAUUUCUCUCUUCUCUUCUCUUCAAGGUUUAUCUCAAAAUCGAUUUUGAAUUCAACGUGAUUUUAUGGGGAAUGUACUCGGUGCGAACAAUACCAAGGCUCGUGGGAGUGUUUUACCCAGCGAGGUUUUGCCAGGUGAGGCAUGCAAGAGACAGAGAUUGUUAUCAACUUCUUAUGAGGAUAACCCUAGACUGAUUCCUUCUCUUCCUGAUGAGAUAUCAGUUCAGAUUCUAGCUAGGGUUCCUCGAAUUUGUUACUUGAAUCUCAAGUCAGUUUCUCGAGCUUGGAAAGCGGCUCUCGCGAGUUCGGAUGUUUUUUGUUUGAGAAAAGAACUUGGAACGGAAGAGGAGUGGUUGUAUGUGUUGACGAAAGCGAAUGAUGAGAGGCUUUUAUGGUAUGCGUUGGAUCCGAUUUCAGGAAGAUGGCAAAGGUUACCUCCAAUGCCGAAUGUUUUCGUUGAAGAUGAAGGUAAAAAGGGUUUGGCGGCUCUUCCGCGUCGGAUGUGGAGUAUGUUGGGUUCGAGUGUUAGAAUUGCGGAUGUUUUUAUGAAUUGGCUUAGAAGGAGAGACGCGUUGGAUCGGAUGCCGUUUUGUGGUUGCUCUAUUGGGGCUGUUGGUGGUUGCAUUUAUGCUUUGGGAGGGUUUUCUAAAGCUUCGGCUAUGAACUCGGUAUGGAGAUAUGAUCCUGUUAAAAAUGGUUGGACUGAGGUUAGUCCGAUGUUGGUUGGUAGAGCGUACAGCAAGACGGGUAUAUUGAAGGGUAAGCUUUAUGUUGUUGGAGGGGUUACUAGGGGUCGCGGUGGAUUGAAUCCCCUACAAUCUGCAGAAGUUUAUGAUCCGAACACCGGUAUAUGGUCCCAAUUACCAAACAUGCCUUUUACAAAAGCUCAGGUGCUACCGACAGCUUUUCUGGCUGACUUGUUAAAGCCUAUUGCGACGGGAAUGACUUCAUAUAGAGGAAGGUUGUUUGUUCCUCAGAGUUUGUAUUGUUGGCCGUUUUUCGUUGAUGUUGGAGGAGAAGUUUAUGAUCCGGAUAUAAAUUCUUGGGUUGAAAUGCCGGUUGGGAUGGGUGACGGUUGGCCUGCGAGGCAAGCUGGAACAAAAUUGAGUGUUAUUGUCAAUAAUGAUUUGUAUGCAUUAGAUCCUUCAAGCUCUCUCAACUCUGCGAAGAUAAAGGUAUACGACGAAGAAGGUGAUACUUGGAAAGUGGUUGCGGGAGAUGUUCCUAUUCAUGAUUUGGCUGAUUCAGAAUCUCCUUAUCUUUUAGCUAGUUUACUUGGAAAACUCCAUGUGAUUACUAAAGAUGCCAAUCACAAUAUUGCAGUCUUGCAAGCUGGCAUGAAAAAUAAUUUAGCUUCCUCUCAGUCGAUGUCGUCAUCAUCUGAUAGUAGCUCAUUCGGCGAACUUGCUGAAUCAUCAGCAGAAUCAGAGACAGAACUUUGGAGGGUUUUUGCUUCUAGGAGUGAUAGAUCUGCUGAGCUAGUUAGCUGUCAAUCCCUUAAAGUUUAAUUUUUCAGAGCUAAAAUUAUCGUGGUUCCGAGAUCAUUAUGCCUGUAGUAGCUGGUAUCAUUGCAGACAACCCACAAUGUUCGUUUCAUUGCGGACAACCCACAAUGUUAACAACAAUUUCAAAUUUUAAAUGGUGAGCGGUCCAGUCUCACUGCAUCAUUGAUCCAUAAGAUGUAAUUUCACAUUAGCUGUGUAUAUUAGCUCAUACACAGACAACUCAAAAUUUUACAAAUUAAGUAUAUCAAAAUGUACAUCGAUUAUGAAUGUUUUUCGAAACAUUUCUUACAUUUUACAUUGUGUAUAUCUUUAUAGGAUUACAUUUUGUCUUGUUACUCUUGCACCAAUGUAGCAGAUACUAUCUUUAUUGAAUGGAUUUUCAAUUUAA